GCAGCGGGAUCAGCAAGUUUCUUUUUGUGUGUAGUUUCCUUGCUCUGUCUUCAGCUGCUCGUGUAGCAAUUCAGUCCGAUUACCGUCCUCUCUAGUAUAUGAGUGUACCUCGGCAAAAGCUUCUACAAGCCUCCUGACCGGGGUUUCUCUAUAGCCCAAGAUCUCCUCAUCGUCAAUCGCAUCUACACACUCCCGUACAUGUAAUCGUUGUUGCUUUUCCUUUUCUUUAACAUCAAUAUUUUGCCCACACUCUCAUCCUACUGUGCACCUGCUCCUUCUUUUACUGUGUGUGUGUAUGCUGUGUGCUCUUGAAAGUUACUUCUGCUUCUCUCGUCGCCCUUUUCUUGGCGGUGGGAGGUCACUCGACGUGUUUGCCGCCGAUUGGAUGUAGUUUUUGUUUUGUUUUUUUUGUGUGUUUUCCAACAAACGUGCGCUGGCCACCUCUUCCCGUUGCUAGUUCGUUCCAUCUCACAACAAACAGCAACCGACGCGUCUUGUGGUCUUUCUUUUUCCGUUGCCACUAUAAUUUCGAACAUUGCUCAGCUCCGCUGUGGUGCUCUGAAGAGAACUCCCUUUUUUUUUCUUCCUCUGCCCCGACUUGGUUUUGUAUUUCGGCCUCUGUUGCGGAUCACAACUGCAGAAAUGUCUUUCCUACACAAAAACGAUGUAUUGAAGGAGUACCGGCGUCAGCAUCGCGAAGAGGUGGCGGCGAGGCAGGCAGCCGACAACGCCGCCGCGGUUGGCACCCACCACAGCAGUAAUGACAUCAACGACGAUGAGUUUCCCGAUGUAGAUGCCUUUCAAGUCGUCGGUGGCAGCUCGAGCGCCUCGCCGACGUACGUCCGCCCAUCUCCGCAGGCUUCCGUGAUGUCGGUGAUGGGCGAGGGCAGCAGCGGUGGCACUAGUACCACCAACCCCGAUCUCCAUUUUCGAGCGAGGGAGGAGCGUGGCAAAGCAGGCGACGCAAAUGGAAAGCAGCGGCCUUCACCGCUCGCCGUACGAGCAUCCCCGCACGAUGAUGACGGUGCAGAUGCAGCGGCUGGAGACACGAGCACCGACGUUGACGGGCACGGCCGUCAGAGAGGUACAGGAUCAUCGAAAGCCGCUUCCUCCGUCAAGUCGAUCAAGACGGGGCACGACGGCGCAGGGCUGGACAGCAACAUCACUGACAACGGGGCUGAUGAAUUCGUCUCCAUGGAUCAUUAUUCCCCACCCCUCGCUCCCCCGAGUCGUACGGUGCGCCCCAAUGCAAACGCUGCCGGGCUAGCAGCUGUGCCACAGGGUGUGCCGGUGCCGCGGAGUCGCAGCGAUUUGACCGGGGAGGAGGACCGGGCAACGAAAGACAUCCACCUGCACUCCUCCGGCACAGACCCCGCGGUUUCGCCGACGACGCUCACCACGGGUGUGGAGACGUUUCUGAGUGCCACCGACGUGGCUGAUGGCGCCAACGCCACCGGCGGGCCGUCGUUCCGCGUCACAGGCGGCACCGCUGUGCAGGGGACUCAAAAAAGCAAUGCAAAGAGCAACAACAGCAGUGCUGCUCGGGUCCUCAACAGCCCUGGCGGGCUGCCCCUCUCUCCGGCCUCGAGCAAGCCGCACAGCCCCACGAGUUUUAUGGCACUCCCGCUAAGUCUGCCGAUGGAUCAGCUGAACGCCGCACACGCGGCUCAAGGCAUGCUCAGGGUGGACGCGAACCACGGGCCAACCAACGUCGAUGUCAGCUCGUCUUCUUCCUCGGAGGCGCCGAGUGAGUCCAAUGGGAGGAGCCACCAAAUUAAAAAGCACCUGUCUUUGUUGAGCGAAGAGGCGGUGGGGAAGCUCAGUGUGAACAUGACAAACAACUCCAUAGAGGGCGAUACGCUCCUCACGGGCGAGUCGCCGGGCAUCGGGCGGUUGGACGUGUCGGACACCCUGCUGCAGCCUCCCACGAGCAUUCUGUCCGAGCCCUCGACGUUAGACACCUCCACCGCCAAUUUGGCCUCCCUACGCAACCGCUCGCACGCACGUAAGGCGGCGGAGCGGCAAAGCAGUGCGGGGCGGCUACCACCACAAGGUCGCGGCGGUCUCGCUGUGCAGAUGCCGCCGCCACCUCGCGACGCAUCGACUGUGGCGGGUGCCGAUAGCGCGAAAGACGCGGAGGACGACGUGUUCUCGCGUGCAAGUGCGGCUGAGUACGUCGACGGUGCCGGUUCCGCGGACCAUUUUGGACCAGUCUCUGCGAACUCGCGUGCGGCGGUCGGCCCGUCCCAUCUGCUGUCCUUCUCCGGCAUCGCCGGCACCUUUCCACGCAUCGGCGACGACGAGGACGUCGACGUCGACCCGAGCAGCACCGUCACCGACCCCACCGGACGCGUGCCGCUCACCAUGCAGCCCAUCACCUUCUAUGAAGCCUACGCGGAGUUGACAAGAGAGAUGAAGCGUGGUGUCGCAGCCGCCAAAGACCGUGCACACGGUGGCAAACCCUCAGCACCCACACCGUUUGUCGCACACCCGGCACCGCAAAAUGCAAGCGUGAAAAGGAGAAGUAAAACAGGUCUCCUUGCUUCGUUGAUGCGGUGCUGUAGCCCACAGGAGUCGGAUGUGAGGACGCGGCAGCCCCCAGCCUACGCACGUGCAGGUGCGGACCUCGACAGAGUGGGUGCCGAUUCCGCGCAGGCUGGCGAAAAUGCUGCUUCUUCUGCCGUGGCUGCUGCUGCGGUGACGAGUGAUGCAGGCGCUGCGGAGAGUGCUUUGCAGGUGGUUCACUUUCUCAAGUCACUUCCGCUCUCCUUGCAGAACAGCGUGCAUCGCCGUGUGCUGUCUACCGUGUUCAACAUCCUCACAGACCAGGUGCCGUGGCCACACUUGCGCCAAAAAGCCGCCGACCCGGCUCGUCUCACACCGCCGUCGUCGAUGCGCUCUGUCCGGUGGGAGCUGAUCGGCUUUCAGGGCUCUAACCCAGCCACCGAUGUGCGCGCCACCGGCGUCCUUGGCGUGCUGCAGCUGCUCUACCUAGUGGACUACUACCCCGUCUUCGCAAAGCGCCUGUGGGACCUGUGCCAGAACCCGUCUGGAGUGAAGCCGCCAGCCGGCGGAGAAGCGGCCUUUACGCCGCCGCGUGCACCCGCCAAGGUAUCCAACGAGCUCCCCUUUGUUCUCGUCUGCUUCAACUUUACGGCGCUCGUGCUUGAUGCAGCGGAUCAACACCUGCUGGAUGCCGAAAUAGCGAAGGCGGAGGGCGCGCUUCUCGCGCCGGUGGUGCCGGUGGUGGCGAUGGCCGGUUGCAACAAGCCCGAGGCGCACCUCGCCGCCUCGCCUGGUAUGUUUGUGUGCUGUGAGGCGUUCGUUGGUGCUCUGGCGCUCUUUGGCGAGGCCUGGUGUGACCGUCGGCGGGUGGAGCGGAGGGCGUUGUCGUCGCUGCCGCCGCUGAGCCGACCGAGCAUCGCCGCUUUUGGCGAGGUGAAAGCGAAACUUUGUGCGCAAGUUUUGAAGAAGAACGGAGCAACACUAUUGCGAGACGCAGUGGAGAGGGUGCGAGGCGAGGCGUUGCUGGGUUUUGAAUGA